GCAACAUUCACCGGAAAUGAAUCAAGGCUACGUCAUAACUUUACAAGAAGAAACGUCAUUACGUCAAGCGUCUGCUAAAAUGGCGGCCGCCGAGAUUCAGAUCGUGAAUCCAGCCAAUUUAGCAAAAAUUGAGAGUUUUCUCAGUGAUCCUAGUUAUAAAGAAAUUAUAGAAAACUCGUCAACAUUCAAUACACGACUAUGUGCCGAAAGAAGGAUGCGUAUGCCAUUUAUAGACACCCAAACAGGCGUCGCUCAGACACACUGCAAUUUGUUUAUGAGCAGAAAGCAGCGUAUGCCGGGUCAGAAGGAGGGACAAGUUUAUACAUAUCCUGCACAGAGAUGGCGAAAAGCCCGUCGCCAGUACCUCACCAUGGCCUCCUCCCGAUGGGGCUGGAGUGGGGCAUCAGACUUGGCCGACAACACAGGGGAGGGUGAGAAUAGUUCAGGGAUACCUGGUGAGGCACUGGUUGGGGAAGACAGUCGGGACGGAUCACAAACUGCUGCUAAGGAUGACCCUAAGGAAUGGUUUUACGACGAGCUAGCGAUGGACGAGAUAGAAGCCGGAGAAGACCAAGAUGCGGAGUCUGACGAAGAUUACUUCGACGACACAUACGCGAACAGGCGUAAGCGGCGAGGAGGCGCCACGCCUACAGGUCCGGGGUCCCGCGGCGGGCGCACUAGGAAAUCACAGCCGGAUGAUACGCCGGCUAAGAGAGGCAGAGCGGGCCGCGGCCGCAAGCGCGCAGGGCAGGCCACACUGCCCUACGAGGUCCCCGGCGAGGGCGACAAGCCAUUCGGAUGCGAACUGUGCGGCGCCAAAUACAAAACCCGGCCGGGCCUCACGUACCACUUCACGCACACACACAAGGAGCCCGCCCCCGCGGCCACCAGCGACGGGGACUCCCGCGACAGCCACAGCCGGCCCGGGGCGCACACGCCGCCCGCGCCGCAGCCCCCCGCCACAGAGUACCAAGACAGUUACGUGACAUUCUUGAAUAAUCCCGGAGGGCCCGCUGCAGAUAAACCAGCAGCGGCCACCCCUGCGCGGCGCCCCACGCCGCCCCCGCGCCCCGCCUCCGCCGACACCAGCUCCUCCGACUCCGCGCACGCGCCCCUCGUGCCGCCCGGCUCCUCCGUGCCCGAGCUGAAGCUGCUGCAGGACAGCGCCGUCAAGGUACAGUAUACAGUAACACCCCGCCUCCGCCGACACCAGCUCCUCCGACUCCGCGCACGCGCCCCUCGUGCCGCCCGGCUCCUCCGUGCCCGAGCUGAAGCUGCUGCAGGACACUCCUCCGACUCCGCGCACGCGCCCCUCGUGCCGCCCGGCUCCUCCGUGCCCGAGCUGAAGCUGCUGCAGGACAGCGCCGUCAAGGUACACUCCUCCGACUCCGCGCACGCGCCCCUCGUGCCGCCCGGCUCCUCCGUGCCCGAGCUGAAGCUGCUGCAGGACAGCGCCGUCAAGGUACACUCCUCCGACUCCGCGCACGCGCCCCUCGUGCCGCCCGGCUCCUCCGUGCCCGAGCUGAAGCUGCUGCAGGACAGCGCCGUCAAGGUACACUCCUCCGACUCCGCGCACGCGCCCCUCGUGCCGCCCGGCUCCUCCGUGCCCGAGCUGAAGCUGCUGCAGGACAGCGCCGUCAAGGUACACUCCUCCGACUCCGCGCACGCGCCCCUCGUGCCGCCCGGCUCCUCCGUGCCCGAGCUGAAGCUGCUGCAGGACAGCGCCGUCAAGGUACACUCCUCCGACUCCGCGCACGCGCCCCUCGUGCCGCCCGGCUCCUCCGUGCCCGAGCUGAAGCUGCUGCAGGACAGCGCCGUCAAGGUACACUCCUCCGACUCCGCGCACGCGCCCCUCGUGCCGCCCGGCUCCUCCGUGCCCGAGCUGAAGCUGCUGCAGGACAGCGCCGUCAAGGUACACUCCUCCGACUCCGCGCACGCGCCCCUCGUGCCGCCCGGCUCCUCCGUGCCCGAGCUGAAGCUGCUGCAGGACAGCGCCGUCAAGGUACACUCCUCCGACUCCGCGCACGCGCCCCUCGUGCCGCCCGGCUCCUCCGUGCCCGAGCUGAAGCUGCUGCAGGACAGCGCCGUCAAGGUACACUCCUCCGACUCCGCGCACGCGCCCCUCGUGCCGCCCGGCUCCUCCGUGCCCGAGCUGAAGCUGCUGCAGGACAGCGCCGUCAAGCACCCCGCCUCCGCCGACACCAGCUCCUCCGACUCCGCGCACGCGCCCCUCGUGCCGCCCGGCUCCUCCGUGCCCGAGCUGAAGCUGCUGCAGGACAGCGCCGUCAAGGCCUCACCCUCCCCCUACUGCGACUUCUGCCUCGGCGACGACCGCGAAAACAAAAAGACCGGCACACCAGAAGAGCUCGUCUCCUGCUCCGACUGCGGGCGAUCAGGCCACCCAACGUGCCUGCAGUUCACGGUGAACAUGAUCGUGUCGGUGCGCAAGUACCGCUGGCAGUGCAUCGAGUGCAAGUGCUGCUCCGUGUGCGGUACCAGCGACAACGACGACCAGCUGCUGUUCUGCGACGACUGCGACCGCGGCUACCACAUGUACUGCCUCGUGCCGCCUCUCGAGAACCCGCCGGAGGGCUCCUGGUCGUGUGCGCUCUGCAUCAAGGAGUUCCACACCAAGUGAACAGGUUAAAAGUACGCUGAAUUUGGCUCGAGGUACUUCAGCAGUUGCUGUAACAUUAUACUAAGUUAUACGUUGCCAUAGGUUAUAGGCGGGUGUGGGCGGACAUUCAAAUACAAAUCAAGAAAAUAGGGAAUAUUACGCAUAACUCUGGGGGCGCCACUACCACAAACUGUAGCCGACCGCCUUGAUGCAUCAAUGUUAUAUUUAUUCGUAGCAUAUAAUCUGUGAAAACUUGUCAAACAACUGUCUAUGGCAUAAUAUGUAUAAGUUAUUCUAUGGUUUACGAUUUGUGCUAGUGCUGCGCUCUGGCGGCAGAACAUUGCAGUAAUACUGCCUAUUAUUACCGUUUUGAAAAUAAAACUUGAGUAAGGAAGUUGUGUUUGAUGAAAUUUCUAAGUCGUUUGAAUCAUGUCUGUGUCAUAAAGGAAAUGCAAAAAGCUGUAGCCCCAAAUCGUGGCAUGACUAUAUCGUACAGUCACGUCUGAAAACAUCGACACAAUCGAAGUGCCAAAAAUGUGUAUACACGACCUUAUGGCCCAUAUAUUAGGGUAGUGUGUAGAUAUUUUUGGCACUUUGUCCGUAUCGAUAUUUUCAGACGUGACCGUACGUCAGAACUUAAGUAACUUUUGACCACGCUCUUUAUCUUUUUAUAAUAAGUAGCAAACAAAUCAAUCCGUUUUGUGACGCGGGUAUCAACAGAUUUAAGAAAGGAUUAUAUGCUAUUCUAUCGGACCUAUAUUGUGUUUUUAACCUUUUAACCGCUUAGAAUGUUUAAUCGAGCGUGCUUGUGUCGCCGGUACGAAGUUACACGAAGUUGUGUCUUAUUUAUCAGACUGCGGCGAAAUGACCUGGAUUUUGUAUGUCUUAUUGGACUAUGGCGGUUAAAAGGUAAAAAAUUGAGUAGUAUCAGGUAAAAAUCGUAAAUGUCCUUUCAAUACUUCAAAUUGUAUUUGGCAGUUUUCGAUGAUCAUCAGUGAUUUUUCGGGUCUGAAAUUAUGAAACAAUCUUUAUAAAAACUUCUGUUUGAAGAAGACUUGUAUACCAAUUAAAUAAAUAUCAUGGAACACAAUUUUUUUUACACAAUUUGUCUAAAUCAAAAAAUAGAAGGUAAAUAAAUUUGGAUCACAGUACAGCUAAAAAUAAUUGCUACAUAAGUUAGUUUUAGUUAAAUGGCACUAAGUGCGGAUUGUAGACUUAAAAUAUAUGUUAAAUAUAAUGUAAAGUUACGCUCACACUCGCCCAUGUCAUAGAUAUAUAACUAUAAUAGACGUAAGGAAAUUACUAUACAUGGACAAUAUUUUGUACGUAGAAGUAUCUGGUUUCCAUGAAGCAAGCCGUGCACUUUUCAAGACAGGUAACAUUCGUUCUCUAGAUUUUUUUUAGUAACGUUUUCUAGAAUUUUAGUGCAUUGAAGAUUCUUUAAUUUUUGACAGUAUUUUUUUUUUAUUAAAUGUUACUCAUAGGUUUGAGUAUAUACAAGAUGAAAAGCGUGAGGAAACGGAAUAAAAUUAACCACGUAUUCCUGUGGUCAUAAGAAGGAAAAAUCUUAUACAAAUUAAUAAUUCCCCAAAGUAAUUCCCCAAAAAAAAGUGUUUUUUUUUUUACUUUGUGUAUGUGUUACAUAAAAAGUACAUGUUCUUGGAAAAAUUAUGGAUUCAUAUGAAUUGGUACAUUUUUUUCGUAAAAACUAGUCUAUUCAAAGUGUUCCUUGUCACUUUGAUAUCUGUCAAUAUAUUUUUGUCUCUAAAUACGAUCCGGAAUACACUGUUAAAAUCUUUCCGUUUCCUCGCGGGCACCGUGUAUUUUUUUUUGUAAGUAAAGUGUGGUUUUAAUAGAACCUUUAUUUUCAAACAUCUAUUAUAGUUGUUGUCUAUGCUAAUGUGUAAUAAAUCUUAUGUACUCAGUCUCGAAGUUUCUACCUCCACCGGUGCUUGCUUUAGCUAUUUAGAACCGGCGAAACUACUACGCACUUGAGGUGUAUUUUUCCAAACAAAAGUAAAAUAUCCUACCAUCUAGACAAGGAGCUCACACUUUUUUAAAGAACGCUAGUGCAAAUCCACUAUUUUGUUUUUAAACCCUUUUUCAGGCAUUCUUUUUUAUCAACCACUUACGCGCUAAUAGAAUUUCAACUUUAUUAUUCCGAUUUAAGGUUCAAAUUGUAGAUUGUUGCGGCCUGGAAAAUGAGUAAACUAUUUUUUUGUCAAAUUUAAACUGUCAUGAAUCAAAAACAAAAUUAAGCCAAAAAAAUAAGCUUUAACUCGAGUAAUUUUAGUCACUUGCGCGACAUGUUUCGGAGAGCCUAGCAGACUAAGCACGGUCGAAUUUCUAUCGCCUGUCACGUUCUAACAAGUAUGUAAGUGCGAUAGUGACAGGUGCAACCAUGCUGCCACCGCACCGUAGGUCUAUAUUACGUGUUAAACCGAAUUUUUUGGCUUAUUUUUUUAUUAUCAAACCUGCUCACGAAAUUUCACAAAAAGCGCGACCUGUAGAGGAACACCGCCGGACAUACUAUUUUUUUAACUUUCGAAUGGUAGCAUAGUUUUGGAAAAAUACCUCUCGUAUCUUUCACAAGUAUUCAAAGCACAAAAUAUGUAAAUACGAAAAAUCGACACCUUACACAUAUAAUAGAUAUGAUGCAAUGUUUAUUCUGUUUAUGUCUGCGAUAACUAUGAGAAAUCUAUCAAGCACACGUUACAGUAGAGACUACUCUAUUUUAUUACUCUAGUAUUUAAUGCAUUUCCAUACUCUAUGACAGGGAUUCCCAACCUUUUUAGGCUUCCGUAUUUUAACCUUUAGUCAAAAACAUAAUGGGGCAUGAAGCCCCCAUUUCCGUUUAUAAAAAAUCUAAGAACUCUAUUCCUAAGGUCAUGUGAGGUAAGUUAGUAAGUAAAUAUUCUUUAUUGCACAAACAAUUAUACAUUUUACAUGCACGUAAAACUACCAAUACAUUUUAAAGGAAAAUAAAACCAGGCAACAACAGGCGGUCUUAUCGCUAAAAAGAGAUCUCUAUUAUUAAGCGAGUAAUUAUUAUUAUUGGGGUGUUACGGGCCUUUGAGCGCCACGUCGACCAAGCACUGAUCUAUUGUGACGGCCCUUUAAAGUUCAUCACUAAUGCCCGUGGAAUCCAGGAAGUUCCAGAUUCUUUGGGCCGUAGUCUUCAUGUGGGGUAAGAGAAAACGGGGCAAGAGUAGAGAGGAUUUACUACAAUGUUUCUAUGCCAUAAUGUUACUUGAAUUACAAGAAUAAUAAAAAUAAUAAUUGCCCCGCUGGUUGGGAACCCCUGGUCUGAAUAUAAUAAGUUGAAAUAUCUCUAUGUACGCCGGUUCAGUACUUACAACAUAAUUUAUUUGCUUUAAGGCUGAUUUGUCAACACCUAAUAUUAUCUGGUAGAUGAGCAUUUUCAGAAAAAUUGGUACCAUUUACUUUUUUCGAAAAACUAACAUUGCUUGGGUUAUUUUGACUCGGAAUCACUAGCACUAUUGAUUUAAACAAUACAAAAUAUUCCCUAGUUUUUCAUACAAAUUUUUGGUGUCAGUUUUAUGACGGUUCAUAUAAAAUGUAUUGGAAAAUGAGUCCUCGUGAUUUUGAGAACAUAUAACCCAAUAUUAGAUGGUUUUUCGAAAAAAAAACAGGCUGGGCAACACAGAGCAAACACACGCGCGAGGCAAUUUCGUCACGCACAAAACAGCCAGUGUAGACGUCUACACUGUCCGUUUUGUGCGCUAGGAAAUUGCCUCGCGUGUAUGCUCGCUCAGUGUGGACCCGGCUAACAUUACACUUUUUUCUGAAAAUGCUCAAAUAUAAACCAGUUUUAAAGUGCGCGUUCCCACAUAUCGAAUUUAUCGUGGUGUGCGUUGCAAGAAUAUAAUUUAUUGGCAUUUGAUCGUAAGCGGGCAUUUUAAAAAUGGUUUAUCUCUAUUUGCAGAUCUAUUCUGAUAUAAAAACAAGGAGAGAUAAUAUUAUUUGCUAUAGCAGCAAUCAAACCUUACCAUACUGUGUGUAUUUGCUAAAUAAUACUGGCAUACUGAAAUUCACUGUAAAUCACAUGCAUUCCACUUCAUAUAGCUGUAUCAUUCUGUAAGCAAUUUAUCUACAUGGGUGUGGAGCUCAAAAAUAUCUACACAUUGAACUUUUGCCAUGGAAUAAAAUGUAUGUUUUAAGUGGUUUGUUCGCUAUGAAAGGGGAUGAUAUUGUAGAUAUUUAUGAGUGAAUGUAGAUUUGCUUCUAUUUUCAUGCGUUAUCAUUAAAAUUGCCAAAAGCGGUAAGAUUUAAAUAAUACAUAUUCACGUUAAGGUUUAGACUAACAUUUGAAGGUUGUUUUCCCAUUUUUUAACGCUACUUAACGUAAUCCGUAAUAUAAUGUACUCGAAAAUAACAGUGAAAUUAAAUACUAAGGUUUUUCCGAAUUUGUGACGUUCCUAAACAAAAGGUUUUCGGUUUAUUUAUACAAAUCGGCGAUUCCUAACUGCAUUUUUCUGCUUGUUUGUCGUCUGACUACAAACUAGGGUACCUUUUAGUUGGGAACGACACAAAUGUUUCCUGCUUGCCUUCAGCUCUCUGUAAGCCAUUGAGAUUGUGAUAGUAUGGGAAAACUGCCGGCAGUCGAUAGGAUUAUGGCCUCUAUUGUGUUUGGAAUAAGUCCCAUUUUAGUAACAGAUACGCGCGACAAAAAAAAAAAUCUUUCAGCUGGCUUUUUUUACUAAACCUAUUUACGGUGUAAUAAUAGUAGUUUGUGACUGCUACAUAACGAAAGACAUUAAAAUACGAGUGUGGGUAAAUGAAACGAAGGAAAUUAGUUUCAUAAAAGGAUCACACGAGUAUUUUAAUGCCUAAUUAUUUUACAGUUACAUACACUGCUUUAUCUGCAUCAAUAUCAUUAGGUUCAACAAAACAAAUUAAUAAUAUACUUACAAACGAACUAGAAGAAAGAACAAACUAAGAGGAAACGUCAAAUGGUGUUAAAUUAAUUUUUUUUCACGUUUGUCACGAGUCCGUAGUUUUUUUUUAUUCAGAGCGUAAACUAGAAUCGGGGGUCGACUGCUACAUCGAUAUCAAGUCAUGCGAGAUUCGUCAAAAUUGUUUGUCAUUCGUCACUGUCACACACAUCAUCUCGACUGAUAUUAAAAUAGAAGUCAAAUGAAAUUCUUUUGUUUCUCAGGGAUGUUCUAAAUUUGAAUGUAAUUGCCAUAUGGCCGUCGGCGCCGACUCUAGUUUGUCUCUGAAUUAUAAACUACGGAUGUGUGACAUGCGUGAACAAUUUCAUUUACCGCCAUUUGACGUUUUGCUUAUCUUUUAAUUUAUGGAAGGUGGAGGUAAGGAAAGAAAUCUCCAUAUACCAAAAAGUGUCAUCAAAAAACCUUAAAUAGGUGGUGCUACGAUACCUAGAGUACUUGAACAAAAAAUUAAAUCAUAGACAGCGCACUUCACUCCGUCAAUAACGCCGAGGUUCUUAGCUACUCUAGCGCUACUGUGGAGAUAUUUGGAACUAUUAUUUAUAGCUGACAGCUGGACACUUGCAACAGUUCUACCAUAAGAGAUGUCACUCCUCUUAAUUCCACACUCCAUAUUUUAAUUUGUGUGUAUAUUAAAAAUUAGUUCGUUUUGUUAUGGAUGUAGAUAAAGCAGUGUAUGUAACUGUACAUAAUUAGGCAUUAAAAUACUUGUGUGAUCCUUUUAUGAAACUCAUUUUGAUUCGUUUCAUAAACCCACAUUAUAUCAAUGCCUUUCAUUAUGUAGCAGUCAUUUAAACUACUAUUAUGUUAUGAACGUACUAUUAUGAUAGAAAUUAUAGAAUUGUGUAUCAAACAAUGAUACCCUAAUACUGCCGAAAUGUUGCGUAUUUAUUACUUAAAUGGAACUAUCAAUGUCUUUUCUGAUAUUUUAUCGAUCUUAAAACACUUAAUAAAUAUACAGGGAACAAUAGAAAUCACAAAGCAUUUUGUAAUCGCGGUUUAAAAUAUAACUGAAAACUACAAUUUAUUUAGUACAUUUAAUGUUGCCAUGAACGAAAUAACAUCAGUAUUAAAUAAGUUGCUAUCGUUGUCUAAAAAGUGUGUUAAAGAGGUUACACGUUGAUUCUAUUUGUAAAUAAAUAAUAUAGAUUAGCAUUAAAUACUUUACGCACAUGUGUGACGAAAUAAAUAGUAUAUUACCAAAGAGAAUUUGAAAUAGAGGUGUAGCCACGUAAAUUUACUGCCAUCUUUCGACACAUAAUUAAAACUUUUAGAACGCCAUUUGACUUUGAUCCUUUCAGUUUACUAAUAUGUGUUAAAUUUGUUAAAUAUCAAAAAGUGGCGCCAUGUAAUAGAUCAAGGCCAAAGGUUUCCAGCAUCGUUUCGAGCGAUGGCGCCAUAACCUUUUGUAGUGCCCGGUAAGAUGGCGCUACUUAUUGAUAUUUAACAAAUGGAACAAAUCAGUGAAAGAAUAAGGAUCAAAGUCAAAUGGCGUUCUAAAAGUUUUAACCCUUUACCAGGCUAAGGGAUAUAUAUUUCCCACAUGCGGCUCUUCAAACAUGUGUUCUAUUUUCGAUGAGUAAGACUGACAUUUGAUUGUCAUUUUUGAACUGUCAGCCUGGUAAA